AUGCGUCAUAAGAAAAUACCAACAGCUAAUCGUAAGAAGUUGAAACAAGUUGACCCGUUCAACAAGAAAGGAGCAGCUAUACGAAAAGAGGCGUUGAAAAAGUUUAAUCAUGAACCGAAGAGUGAUGAACAGCCUCUCACAAGAGCCGAGUUAGAAUUGGAAGAAGCACGAAAAAGCGUGUUUGAUAAAACUACAAAGUCCAAGAAAAAAGAAUCAAAUAGAAUGUUGGAGGAAGCCAAAAAAGCUGGUUUAGUAAAAGGGAGGUUUGAAGGAAUGCAACAGUUCAUGAUCAGAGUUCUGAGAACGCUUUCCUCGGAUAUUCAAGAGCAUGGUGUGAAAGUUAAACAAGGAACUGCAGCCAAAUCCCAGAAAGAAUUAGAGGCCGAUAUGAAAAUUUUGGAAGACAAAGAAAAAAAACAGAAAGAACAAAAGAAGAGGGAAGUCCAGAACAAAAUAGAAGCCGCUCGUAAGGAACGGAAGAGAAAGGAAGAAAUUGCUUUGGAGAAGGAGGAGCUAAAAAGACAAAGACAAGAAGAGAGAAGACUAGAGAGAGAGGCGGCAGAGCUUCAGGACCAGGAACAUGAAGCAGAAAAGCCAAAGAAUGAUGAAGAAGGUGUGAUUCCAGAGUCUAUGAGAAGAGAUCAAAAACCUCUUACAAAAUCAAAUAAACCCGCUAAACGAGCUGAAAAGAGGAAAGAGGAAAAAGCGAUCGAUAAGAAAGCCAAGCAUCUGGAAGGAUUAAUAAAUUCUAAAGAAGUGAUAAAGUUCGGAGAGAGAUGUGAUGCUCCACCAAAGUUUGAAGGUGUUUUCAAGAAGACAUUUGAUCCUCUAAUGGCAAAGGCAGGAGGCAAAAACUUGCUUCUACAUUCCAUAAUGAAAAAGGAAACAGGAAUAAAAACACAGUACUUGGAGGAUAAUAAGACUAAACCAAAUGAGAUAGACCGACAGAAGGUGAUCGAGGCCUAUCGAGAUAUGAAGAGGAAGAGGAACGCAAUAGCGAGACAAUAG